GCCAUUUCACGUGAAAGCCGCGCGGUUGGAACGACGUCCAGGGGUAAACAGUUAAAAUAUCAGCUUGUAUUUGUAUUUAAUAUACCAAUUGGAGACUGAUAGAGUAAUAGUGACCGUUCCACCUAACGGAAGGGCUAUUCGGGUUUCGUUUUACUGGGUUUCUUAAUUGCUCGGUGACGAAGAAAAUGAGCUACGGAAGGCCGCCGCCAGACGUUGAGGGGAUGACCUCCCUGAAAGUGGACAACCUUACUUACCGAACUUCGCCGGAGACUCUGCGCCGAGUUUUCGAAAAGUACGGCCGUGUGGGUGAUGUGUAUAUCCCCCGGGACAGGUACACCAAGGAGAGCCGUGGGUUCGCCUUCGUGCGGUUCCUCGACAAGCGCGACGCUGAAGACGCCAUGGACGCUAUGGACGGCGCGCUGCUCGACGGGCGGGAGCUUCGGGUGCAGAUGGCCCGUUACGGACGACCUCCAGACUCCAUGUAUAGCCGGAGAGGCGCUCCGCAACGUAGAUACGGAGGUUACGGUCGAAGAAGCAGGAGCCGUUCAGCCAGCCCCCGUCGCCGCAGACGUAGUCGCAGCCGCUCCAGGACCAGAAGCCGUUCCCGAUCCAGGAGCCGCCAUCACUACAGUCGUUCCAGGUCCCGCUCCUACUCCAGAUCUAGGUCCAGGUCCAGGUCCAAAUCUAAGUCCAAGUCCAAGUCCAGAACCCCCAGGCGAAGCAAGUCAAAGUCUCCUUCCAGGUCACGGUCCCGCUCCAGGUCCAAGUCAAGGAGUCGGACCCCGCCAUCCAACAGAGGAUCCAAGUCUAAAUCCAAGUCCAAAUCCAGGUCCAGGUCCAGGUCCAAAUCCAAGAGUAGACCUAAAUCUCCAGAGGACAACGGGGCAGAGUCUUAACCCAAACUUGGACACAAUAUGACGCUGCGGAGUCCUGUUUGCAAAGGGAGGAGGAGGAGGAGGAGAUGGGGGUGUGGCAGUGUGAGAGCAGUUAGUGUGUGACCCGCCCAUGUGACCUGCCUGUUGCUGAGAGCGAUGGCAGUUGCUAAGGAGCAGGUCACCAAGGCAGCGGUGUUUGCUAUGGAGCAGGUCGUCAUGGCGGUGGUUCGGGCUGUCAGUUGGUGUAUGAGUUGGUGUGGUGAGGUAUGUUCACGGGGAUCACAGGCAGAUGCACUGAGCGCUGUUCCCGCCUGUGGUUUCCUCCGCCUCUCACAAAGGGAACGGACCCUGAGGUUUGUUUUUCCACAUAUGCCCGAGUGUAAGAGUUUGUUAGAGCUAGUUUUAUGGGGGGAGGGAGGGGGCCAAGAGAGCGUGUAAACAUAUUUUAAAAUUAUUAGAAAACUAGAAAGUGUAAUACACAUGUUGGUGUCAGGGGAAGAAGAUCAGACCAGUACUGAAUUUAUAUAUCCAGCUCAGUUGCAGGAGUUAAGAUAAUCUUUUCGUUUUGCUCUUGUCAACUCUGUUCUGUCUUUCCUUGCAGAUCUCAGAUGAUUGAGCCUUUGCUGAGGACAUCAGGAAGAGUCUCACAUUGAGCAAGUGGACUCCACUAUUACCACUGAAAGCAGACUGAAAGGUUAUUGGAGCUUGGUCUAAAAUGUUUUAAAUGUUUUAUUUGACUUAAUUUGCCUAAACGAUUUCUGUAAUGUGAUCACUAUUUGUGAAGUUGAGCAUAUUGAAAGGGACUUGUAAGGUGUCCUUUUUUUCUCUCUUUCAUUUAAAUUGGGUUUUUUGCAUUUUGAUUAAAUUUGUACUUGUUAAUAAAUUCAUUUUUUUUUUGAAUGAACAUAGAUUUCUUUUAAUGAAAUCCCUUGUUAAAUACUCUUUCUAGAUGGAUACAAGAUUGUUAUUUUCAAACUUGAUGUAGAAAAGGGUGUCAUUGGAUGUUCACAGCCUUUACUGCUAUGUUAUACCACUCAUUGGGGGGGAAAACAGCUUAUACUGCACAGUGGCAAAAAAAAAAAAAAAAAUAGGGAAACAUAAAGUAUCAUAAUGUGUGACUUGCUAAUCCAGCGGCAUAGCAUUUUCUUUUCUGUCAAAUCUUUUUUUUUCUGUCUAGUUAAAAGUUGCUUUCCUAUGGCUCUAACCCUCUUUCUUGUGUAUCUUUUGUGCACUAGGCGCAGUUGUGUAGCAGUUGAGUAAUGCUGGUUAGCUGUUAAGAUGCGGUGCAGUGCGGUGGUGACAUGGUGUGGCGUGUUGCGGUGCUGAGUGCCCGGCGCUGUUCCGGGGCUCGACCCUCCGCUGCUGUUUGCCGGUUUGUAAGCUCACAGGUGUGGCAGAUCAACCAUCCUCUCCUGUCUUGUGACCUCCCCUACCCUCCAUGUGCUGUACAAAUUCUCUCCUUCUCCUUGCAUUUUCUCUUUACCCCCUCUCUCUCUCUCUCUUCUCUUUUUCCCUUCCCCACUCUGUGGUUUAUCCACUGUUAAUGGUUUUGCUCGCUUUCUUGACAUUGGGUCCAGUGUGACUCCUAGUGAAGGGUUUAAAGGGCAGUCCAGGCUGCUUAAUGAAUAACUCUGUUGCAUUCCUCUGUGAACUUCUCAGUUUUCUUGUUAUUGCUUCAGGUGAAUGCGAAUAAACAUCUUUGUUGUAAAUAA